CGGCAGAGUUCUCGCUCCACGCGAGCGUUACAGACGUCCGGUGGAGGUGUAUUGUCAUUGUGUUUUUUACGUGUUGUGUCAAAAACUGUUUGCUCCCAAACUGUAUUGGAUUUGAAUGCUUGCUCUAUUCAAUGGCAGUCAGCCGCUGUAAACACAAAGCCGAAAUGAGAUGAGUAUGCGCGUGGCCGGGUGGUACUGGAUAGUGAUUUUCACUUCGUGUGCCGCCAGGACCUCAAGCGAUUGGCUGGACUGCGCACACAUUGACACAUGCCACUGCAAAUGGUCUUCCGGCAAGAAAACAGCCACCUGCGCCUCCGGUGACCUCCGCCGUCCACCGUCACUCUCCCCAGACAUACAAGUCCUCGAUUUGCACGACAACCCGCUCAGAAACUUACCUCAGCAGAUCUUCGCAAACAUCGGACUCCUCAAUUUACAAAAGUUAAAUCUACGGGCGACUAAAUUGAGAUCGAUACACGCUGACGCAUUUCUAGAAUUAAGGAUUUUAAUAGAGGUGGAUUUGGGAGACAACGACCUCUCAAAUCUGCCGAGAGACCUUUUCAGAGGCAACGAAAGACUGCGAUUAGUUGUACUAAGUAACAACCCUCUAACCACGCUUGUGGCUGACCAGUUCCCACCGCUACCACACUUACGAAUACUAUUAUUAGAUGGUUGUAGACUAAGAUCUAUGCAUACCAAUUCAUUACGCAAUCUGAAAUCAUUAGAGACGAUUGAUUUACGUAGAAAUCAGUUAACAUUCCUGCGUUUGAUUACAUUUUCUUUGCCGUCUUUGAAGACGGUGUCAUUAUCUGGAAACCCUUGGAGAUGCGACUGUCGUCUCAGGGAAUUCAAAGAAUGGUUCUUAGAUAGUAAAUUGGGAACAGAAGAAUUAUUGUGCGUAGAGCCUUCUACUCAAGCCGGUAAUAAGUGGAGAAACGUCCCUAGUGAAAGCAUGGCUUGCUCUCCUGAAGUGCGUUCUAGCACAUUAGUAGUUAGGGCAGAAGUCGGCUUAGCUACUUCUUUUGGAUGUUGGGUGCAUGGAGUUCCAAAGCCAACAGUAACAUGGUUAUUCGAUGGAGUAAAUGUUCAUAACAAUACAGUAGAUAUUGAUAUGGAAGAAACAGAAACUACCUUGGAUGAUGAUAGUUCAGAAGAUAGAGUACCUGGAAGUGUAAGAUGGGUGAAUAUAACUCUUCAUAAUGUCACAUCAAAUGCUGCUGGUGAAUGGACCUGUGUGGCUAAAAGCCCUGCAGGAGAAUCCAGAGCGAUAAUAAGUUUAGUGUUACCAAGAUCGCAAACAGCUACAGCUCGUACUGCGCCUGGUAUUCCCCAACUUUUAGGAGUUGUCUUCGGCGCGUUGGGUGUAUUAGCUAGUCUGGGGUUUAUAGCUGCAGUGGCCUGUUGGCAUUUGAGAAAACGUUCAGUACCACCAAGCAGGAGUUUUACUGACCAAGAAAAGAGACUAAUCGAUGCAUCGGUAGUUGUUAGUUGUGAUCGAUCUAUUGGAGAUAUGGCAUCACCGUGUGAUUUCGAAUUAACUGAUCGAUCAAUGGACGAUAAUCAACCAAGAGGGUGUGGUUUUGAGCCUGUACAUAUAACUAUAGAAGGUACGCCUGGCGCAUUUCCUCCUCCACCAGCAGAGUUCGCAGUGCCCGUUCCUUAUGGGAAUAUAUUCAUAUCGGUACAAGUAGCAGGUAGAGGAGAACCGGGGAAGUAUCCUGAUCUGUUAAGCGGUGGAGCAACGUUACCAAGAAGAAGUAGAACGUGCUGUACAGCACCAGCAUAUGAUAAUAUGGGUCCGAGAGUUACUGCGACUGGGAGUUCAACAUGGUCACUUCCUGGAGCAAAUUCGGAUAACCCUGAACAGUCAGAAACCCCAGUUUUAAACUUACCACCUCCCCCACCAGAGUUCGUCUCCCUUUAGCCUAGGCCACUGGUACUGGAUGCCUCAGCUCUGAGGUGACCUGGUACCUAGUGAUUUAGAGUCGAGUCAAUUAGACUUUCCCCAAUUUUAUUACAAUUAUGACAAUUUCGAAGUGAUUAUUAAUUUAAAUGUAAAUAGUUUAAAUGGAUAAGAAAAGUGCGGACGAUGUGUGACAUCCUGUG